AUGGGGAGCAGCCGGCCGCUUCCGCUGGUUGCGGGCACCAAGUCGCGCCAGGCCGCCUGCUGCGAGGACGAGGCCACCGGCCGCGGGCACAAGGCCGCGCGGGAAGCCGUCUCCGGGCGGAUGCAGGGGGGCACCGCCUGCGGCGCGGGGCCACGGUGCGCGCGGAGGCCGCACGGGGCCAUGCCAAGGAAGCCGCUGGUCGUGGAGUUGCCAACCACGGACGCUGCCAGUCUAGCGUUCAGCCGCGCGGGCACUCCACCGAUGGGGAGGCCGUCGUCCGUCGAUUGGAAUGAACCACAGCAGCCGCCAGCCGUGUGUCGUCCUCGCCAACACCUUCCACAUGCCAGCAGCCCGGCACAGCAGGCAAAGCCUCAUCGGAGGAGGAGGAGAACGCGGUGGCCGGGGAUGAAGGAAAAACAGUCUUUAACUGCAAAGCAAGAGACUGGCGGUCUCCAGUUCUUGCAUGUUCCCCUUUACUCCAGGGAAGAACUUGGAGGAUUCGAUGCCGGCGAUCUUGCAGUGACGUAA